AUGGCUCUGGAGCUGGGAUCGCAUCCAGCCAUGCCGCUGGACUUCAGCAGUGGGUCCCAUAGGGAGACUUCUGGUAGCCCCGAAGUGAAUGUUGACUGCGGACGGAGAAGUCCUCCUGGCAGUAGCGCUUUUACUGUCGUUACGCCUAAGGGAAGGGAAGGUUCUGAACGACAUGGAUCUCCUUCUCAAUUCCCAUCUCCAAAUGGCUUCGCCACAUACUGCAGAAGUCUUUGGGGUUCACCAAUUGUCACUGGUGGCCCACCCAGAUAUUUAUCACCGUUUACUGCAGGACGCAGUAAAGAAAAAUCUACAGAAUCGAUAAAAUUCGGGAUAAGCCGACUAGUCAAAUCCGACGAAGAAGACCAAAUAAAUAAAUGCUACAAAAAAGAAGAACGCAAUUACUACAGCGGCGACGAACAAACAUCACCUAGCUAUGACAGACCCAAAAGCUGGGACAACCAUUCACCCAGACCGUCACCCAGCACCUCCCCAGAACUAGAAGUUGAUUCCCCCCUACAUUCGAGAUCAAACUCCCCGUUCCAAAGACCAUCUUCAGUAACGGAAAUCCAAAAGAUCGACUCGUCCAGCAAAAAGUCAGAAGCCUUCUCCGUGAACGCCCUACUCCGACCUGACAACCCCAAAAAAUCCGACAAUCCCUGCUACCAGGAAACCAUAUCAGUCACCCGCUCCUACCUCUACCCACCUUUUGUCGACCUAGUCAAGGACGCUCACCUCAAAUCAGCGCAAGACUACACCUCGCAGCUGAUACCGAGAAGUUUCGUCCACCCGGGCUUCUUCCCGCCUGGCCUCUACCAGAAAGAAGGCGAAGAACGCAACUUUUUACCCACCCCCACCUCUCUGUACUUCAGCGCAGUCGCAGCAGCGAUGGCCAGCGGUCACAGCCAACCAGGCCACUACCCCGGACCACCUACAGCUGAAGAGCUGUACCGGCUGAGGCACCAUUUGAUGAACAAUCCAUCGGGGGUGCAUCCUCACCACCAUCAUCUGCUGAUGAGGCCGGGGAUGAUGCCUAUCGGGGACGUUUACUCAUGUAUAAAGUGCGAGAAGAUGUUUUCCACGCCUCAUGGCCUGGAGGUGCACGCUAGGAGAUCGCAUAACGGCAAGAGGCCGUUCGCCUGCGAGCUCUGCAACAAGACUUUUGGACACGAAAUCAGCCUGAGCCAACAUAGAGCUGUACACAACGUGGAGAAGAUCUUCGAGUGCAAACAAUGUGGGAAGACCUUCAAGAGGUCAUCGACGUUGUCGACGCAUCUGUUGAUACAUUCGGAUACAAGGCCUUACCCUUGCCAGUAUUGUGGCAAGAGGUUCCACCAGAAGUCAGAUAUGAAGAAACACACCUACAUUCAUACGGGUGAG